UCAGUGUUGAAUUAUAACCUCAAUCAAUAGUCUAUUGAUAUUGGUUAAUUUUACAUAAUCGCGAAGAACAACAAUGAGUUUUAUUAAGGGUCAUAUUGACCAAUUAGUUAGAUUGGGAAAAAUUAUUAAACAAAAUGGUGUAAAUCCUUUGAAAGUCCUCGGAACACUAUACAGAACCGAUGAUUUGAAAUUUGGUAAACAUAUGGGUACUGACAAAUAUGGCAAUCGUUAUUACCAAAAUGACUUUUACUUCUACGGAAGAAAUCGUUGGGUAAUUUAUGCCGAUCACGUUCAUAUGGAUUACGACGCAUCUCAAGUCCCACCAGAAUGGUUCGGAUGGUUGCAUUACAAAACAGACUUGCUGCCACACGAAGACCCAGCAAGAGUCCAGCGCCGAUGGAUGAUCGACCACAAAGAGAAUAUGUCGGGUACUAAGGAAGCUUACAUGCCCUACAGUACCACCAAGCCAAAAGUAGAGCCAUGGAAGCCUCCACAAAAUUAAUUCGUGCUCAAAAAGUUAUUUAUAAAGUCCUGAGCGUGUAGCAAUUAUCCAGUGUGUUUUUUGCUAGAAAAAAGUUUAUUUAAAUGAAAUUAGAUGUAAAUAAAAGUUCUUCAUGGA